UAUAUGGGAGAAGGAGGAAGAGAGACAGGCAGCCUGUGGAUCCCACUCCCUCCCUCUCUCUCUCUCUUUGGCGUAUCAAUCAAGCUCUGAAGCUGAAGAAGAACCAGAUUCCCAAUCUCACACAGACACAGAGACCAUCUGCUGGGUUACAGAAGGAGGGCUGAGAGCCAGGACAUUGGGUUCCAUCCCCAAAUCUGGAUGGAUGGGAGAGCAGUUGAGUUGCGAGUUUAGAAAAGGGUUGUGAUCCAGAUCAAAGCUGCCUAAACAGUUACUUUGGAUCCAGGACUUUGUGCUCAGUGCUUCUCUCUCCCCAUCGCUCUCGGAAAGGGAACAAACGGAAAAAAGAAAGAUGAUGCUGCAGGGUUCAAAGGCACCGUCCAUGGACCGAAUGGAGGGGUGAGGAAACUUCAGCACCAAGGACAGGGUCACAGAUCUAUCACAAUGUGCCAAUCUGCUCUGAUAAUCUGGGUUUUUUGUGUCACUCUGCUGUGCCAGGGUAUCGGUGCUCAGCAGGUCCCCAUUCACAGUCAACAGCACCAUCAUGAACAGUACUGGUACCAGACUGCAGGGGAUCAAAUCCCAGUAAUCAGUGGAGGUACCUGCAAGGUGAUUGCUGUUCGCCGCUGUUGUAACCACAAUCACAUUGAAGAACGGUCGCAAACCAUCCAGUGUUCCUGCCUCCCAGGGAAAGUGGCCGGGACAACACGGGGCAAACCAUCUUGUGUGGAUACCUCGAUCGUGACAGGAAAGUGGUGGUGCGACAUGGAGCCCUGCCUGGUUGGAGAAGAGUGCAAAGCUUUGCCUGACAACUCAGGCUGGAUGUGCUCGCUUGGGAACCGUGUCAAAACUACCAAGAUCCACCCCAGAUACUGAUGAAGUCUGCAACUACAAAAAACACAUGUCUUCUAAGUGUUGAAGAUGGAUAUUUGAUGAUGGCCAAAGACUCUACUAUGGACAUUAGCUGGAAAUGAACACAAAUCUCAUUAUAGCUCAUGGAUAUGGCAAAAACACA